AUGGAGGGUGCUCCCGUGAGUGUGGCGACAGGGGCUUUGAAACCGGUGGUGGAGAAGCUGUUCGCUCUUCUUGGUGAUGAGUACACGCGGUUCAAGGGUGUGCGGGACCAGAUCAGGUUCCUCACCAGCGAGCUCACCACCAUGCACGCCUUCCUCCUGAAGAUGUCGGAGGAGGAGGAGGCGGGUCAUGAUCCGCUAGACAAGGCGUGGAUGAAGGAGGUUCGGGAGCUGUCAUACGACAUGGAGGACUCCAUCGAUGACUUCAUGACGAGUGUCGAUGACAAAGAUGCUAAGCCAGAUGGCUUCAUCAACAAGAUCAAGCACUCGUUAGGGAAGUUGGGGAAGAUGAAGACUAGCCGCAGGAUUAGCAAAGAGAUGGAAGAACUAAGUAAGCAAAUCAGUGAGGUGCGCGAGAGGAAUUCAAGUUACAGGACAGGACGUGUCAUAGCCAAGAUGAGCAAUCUUACUGUCGACCCUAGAGCACUUGUUAUCUUUAAGCAUGCCUCCGAACUAGUUGGAAUUGAUGAACCCAAGGCUGAGAUAAUUAAAAUGUUGACCGAAGAUGAACCAUGUGGGUCAGCGCCACAACAUCCGAAGGUGGUCGCCAUCGUUGGAUUUGGAGGAAUAGGCAAAACAACCCUCGCGAAACAAGUGCAACAAGAGCUCGAGGCGCAAUUCCAGUGCAGUUCUUUCAUAUCCGUGUCCCGGACUCCAGAUAUGAUGAAAAUUCUGAGAACUAUUCUUAGUGAAGUCAGCAAGCAAGACUAUGUUUAUACUAAAGCAGGGAGCAUCCAACAUCUGAUCAGCAAGUGCUUUGCCUGGAGUUUGCUGGAUCAGAGAUACUUUGUUGUAAUUGAUGAUAUAUGGAGCGUGGAAGCAUGGGAAAUCAUUCAUUAUGCAUUCCCUAAGAUGAGUGGAGGCAGCAUAAUAAUCACCACCUCCCGUAAUAAUGAUGUUGCUCAAUCUUGUAGCGCAUCAUUCACUGGAUGUGUCUAUAAUAUAAGACCUCUUGCUAUGGUGCACUCAAGAAAAUUGUUCCAUAGAAGACUAUUCAAAUAUGAAGAAGAUUUCCCUUCACACCUCAAAGAUGUCUCAGAUGAAAUAUUGAGAAAGUGUGCUGGAUUACCUUUGGCAAUCAUUGCAAUAUCUGGUUUACUGGCUAACAAAGAAAAUACAGAACAUGAAUGGGAUCAAGUGAAAGUUUCAAUAGGUUGUGGACUUGAAAGAAAUCCUAGUGUUGAAGGAAUGAUGAAGAUAAUAUCACUUAGUUACUUUGAUCUUCCCGCUCAUCUCAAAACUUGUUUACUGUACUUGAGUAUAUUUCCUGAAGAUGCUAUUAUUCAGAAGAAGAGCCUGAUCUUGAGAUGGAUUGCUGAAGGAUUCAUUUAUAAUGAAGGCAGAUAUACACUGUAUGAGUUGGGAAAGAAGUUUUUCAAUGAGCUUGUCAACCGAAGUCUAAUUCAACCUAUGAAGAUGGUGAAUGGUGUGGUCAAGAGUUGUCGAGUUCAUGACAUCAUCCUUGAUUUCAUUAUACCAAGGUCAAUUGAAGAGAACUUUGUUAGUGAUUCCAAUACAACUGAAACAGAAAGUAAAGUUCGUCGGCUUUCUCUCCAAGGAGACAAGGAAGGGAAUUCAUUUGUGCCAGACAACUUAGUCUUGUAUCAUAUCCGAUCACUUCAUGUGUUUGGGCAUUCAGGGGAUAUCACUUCUCUGAAUCGAUUCACACAUUUGCGUGUUCUGAACUUUGAAGAUUGUCAUCACUUAGAAAACCAUUAUGUUGAAGAUAUAGGGAGGCUAUUGCAGUUGAGAUACUUAAACCUCAGCGGGACACAGGUUAGUGAGCUCCCUCGGCGAAUUGGCACUCUAUUGUGCUUAGAGAUGCUGGACCUAAGACGCACCGCCGUAGGUGAAUUACCAGCCUCCAUUGUCAAUCUCAAAAAAAUGGCGCAUCUAUAUGUUGAUUUUGGUGUUAUAUUUCCUAAUGGAAUUGCAAAGAUGGAAGCCCUAGAGAGGUGUAUAAAUGUCCAUAUCUCCCGGCAAUCAACAAAAUUCCUGCAAGAACUUGGCCAGCUAAAGAAUUUGAAAAAUGUGCGCCUUAAUUUUGAAGGUGUUUGUGGCACGGGAGAUGAAAGUAGAGUUACAGAGGUGGACGUGAAAGCUAUUGUGUCUUCUCUACAGAACCUUCGUACUCUUCAAAUAAAACAUGAUGGCAACUUCUUGAUGGAAGCUCUGUUUCAAGCUACGCCAGGCCUCCAAAAACUUAUUGUUUCGGGUUCAACUAUCACGAGAGUUCCAGAUUCAGUGGGCUCCCUCGUCAGGCUCAGGUUAUUACGUCUUUGGAUGGAUCGAGUCGGGGAGGAAGACCUCUGUAUUCUUGGUGGAUUACCUGCUUUGCUCAAUCUAGUGCUAUUCAUUCGGAAGCGUAAAGAUGUCGAUGAAACCAGAGUCAUAGUUAGUGGUGCACACAGAUUUUCGUGCUUAAGGGAAUUUGGGUAUGACAUAAGAGACGACGAGAUGGAUCUUAUGUUUGCAGCAGGAUCCAUGCCGAAGGUAGAAAGAUUUAUAACUAAUUUCGAUGUAGUUAAAACUGAGUCAUUCACCGGCGGCGAUUUCGAUUUCGGAAUUGAAAACCUCACCUGCCUCACUACAAUCUAUUGUGGAGCAUAUGGCGGUACCAUCAAGACAAAUGACGCCGCAAAGGAUGCUAUGGAGAAGAAAGUGAGAGCACACCCCAACCACCCUAGUCUGACAUUUGCUUAUUGGUAAGAGUGCAUCGGUGGUGAGCAGUUCGGGGGCACUACGCACUACAAAGUGCGGCCGGGAGGCACAGAAGACGAGCGUGGACCGCAGAAGAAAAAGCUGCAGCGCACACUAGGAUCGGCAUCUGAGCAAUGACCUUGUUGGCGUAGCCAUGCUAGCGGAGGAGAGCGUCGACC